AGGGCAGAGCGCGCCUGCUUUUGUGAGGCGAGGCAGCCCUUGAGCCAAGGGCUUCUGUUCGCAUUCCUCAAAGGCGAGAAAAGGGGAGGAAUCCCUCCUCCUGCCCCAACAGGGACCAGCUGAGCCCCAGCGACGGAGGGGCUCCCUUGUCUGGAGGGGCUCCUUCCUGCCACCCUUUGGGAGCACCAUGGCUGCAGGACUCCGGGCUGCUUCUUCUCCUCUUCCUCGCUGGCUGCUGGCGCUCUUUUUGGUGGCUCUGCCCCAGGGGCAUCCCCAGAGGGCCACGGGACCCCGGUUUUUAAUAAGCGACCGUGACAGAGAUCCACAGUGUAACCUCCACUGCUCCAGGUCUCCAACCAAACCCCUCUGUGCCUCAGAUGGCAGGACAUACGAGUCAACUUGUGAUUAUCAGAGAGCAAAGUGCAGGGAUGCAAACUUAAGCAUAGCACAUCGAGGCAGAUGCAAAGAUGCUGGGCAAAGCAAAUGUAGAUUAGAAAGGGCUCAAGCACUGGAUCAAGCAAAGAAGCCACAAGAAGCAGUCUUCAUUCCAGAGUGUAGUGAGGAUGGAUCAUUCACCCAAGUGCAGUGCCAUACCUACACUGGAUAUUGCUGGUGUGUCACUCCAGAUGGCAAACCUAUCAGUGGUUCUUCUGUACAGAACAAAACUCCUGUGUGUUCAGGUUCUGUAACUGACAGGCCAAUAGGACAGGGUAAUUCUGGAAGGAAAGAUGAUGGUUCGAAACCAACACCCACUAUGGAGACCCAGCCUGUUUUUGAUGGGGAAGAAAUCACAGCUCCCACACUUUGGAUUAAGCACUUGGUCAUCAAAGAUUCCAAACUGAACAGCUCUAGUAUGAAAAAUUCAGACUACUUUGCUGAAGAUAUUUUUCUGUUAAUUAUUGCCAUUGCUAUUGAAUUGAAGCAAGUGUCAUACUGUCUUUUAAUCUCGUUUUCUUCUAGGUAUGAGACCCCUGUGUGUGAAAGUGAUGCCAGAUCAAGGAGCCCAGAAAUUGAUGACCCAUUCAAAGACAGAGAACUUCCAGGCUGUCCAGAAGGGAAAAAAGUGGAAUUUAUUACCAGUUUACUGGAUGCUCUCACCACAGACAUGGUACAGGCCAUUAACUCUGCAGCACCUGCUGGAGGUGGGAGGUUCUCAGAGCCUGAUCCCAGUCACACCUUGGAGGAGCGAGUGGUGCACUGGUAUUUUAGUCAGCUGGACAACAAUAACAGCAAUGACAUCAACAAAAGGGAGAUGAAACCUUUCAAGCGCUAUGUGAAGAAGAAAGCCAAACCCAAAAAAUGUACACGACGCUUCACUGACUAUUGUGAUCUUAACAAAGACAAGUCGAUUUCACUACAAGAACUGAAGGGUUGCUUGGGCGUCGGGAAGGAAGGAGGCAGCAAUGGCAACUUCCCCCACGGAAAAAGACAAGGUGUUAAUCCUUUCAUAGGACGUCUUGUCUAAAGAGCUGAAGAGAAAACGUGAGGUGGAUGGAAGGGAGGAAGGAAGGACCAAACAUAUUGCCAUCUGAAAACAUUCAUGUGGGACUGGCAACAUAGCAGAAGUGAGCUCCACACAUUUGCACUUUUUAAUAAAAAAAAAUAUUUGAAGAGGGGUGGAAGCAGUCUCCAUUUAAUGCCAUUAUCUAGUACUUUGGAGAAGAAAAGGAAACAGGAGAACAUUACAUCUUGGAAAGAAAACUGAACAGCUACUGAUGAUUUAAAUUCUUGGGAUUGCUUGGACUUGAAAGAUGUUUAAUAUACUGUAUAUAAAUGUAAAUUGUACAUUGUUCUUGUACGGGGUUUAGUAUAACUAUUGGUCCCUGCCUAGUUCUUUACUUUUGACUGAUGGGGCACCAUGGACUCUGGAAUCCAGGAAUACAUUAAUUUCUACAGCCAUUCAAAACUUUAACCUAGAAUCAGCCUCUUUUUCUCAUAGCCAGCAUCAUUCUCUUUUUCUCACAGCCAGUAUCAUUAGUUGCACACAUUCAUUCAUUUGAAUCCCUCAUGUGCUCAAAUAUAUAUGCAGUCAUUGUUUA